AUGUCCGUCACCCCCGCCUACGAUGACUGCACCGCCGAGCUCCGCGAGCUGGACGCAACCCUCGCCAGCGUCCGUGCUAUCGUCGCAUCAGGCGCGACGCAUGUCCCGCGCAUCUUCCGCCUCCGCAACCCGGAGCAGCAGCUCCGGGCUCAAGAACACCCUCCCUCAGCAACCGUCCCGGUGAUCAACCUUGGCGGCAACCACGUGGCCGUGGUGGACGUCGUCGCCCGCAUCGCGUCGGAGUGGGGGUUCUUCCAGGUGACGGGCCACGGGGUGCCCGAGGAGGCGAUGGCCGCAGCCGUGGCGGCGGUGCGGGCGUUCCACGAGGCGGACGGGGGGAAGGGCAGCGACUGUUGUGACAGCGACAAGGCGCUGCUCUACUCGCGGGAACCCGGGAAGGCGGUCAAGUACCACUGCAACUUCGACCUGUACCAGUCGCCGGUGGCCAACUGGCGGGACACGCUCUACCUGCGCAUGGCGCCCGACCCGCCGGCCUCCGACCCGCCGGCCUCUGACGAGCUGCCGGUGAGCUUCUUAUUAUAUUGGAGUAUGAUGAUUUGCAGAGAUGCGCUAUUUGAAUAUGCAAAACAAGUGAAGAAUUUGGGAGACAGAUUGUUCGAGCUGCUCUCUGAGGUUCUUGGCCUCAAACCGAGCUACUUAACAGAUAUAGAGUGCAAUCAGGGACAAAUUAUACUUUCCCACUACUACCCUCCGUGCCCCCAGCCUGAACUUGCCAUUGGGACAAGCCGGCGUUCCGACUCAGGCUUCCUGACCAUACUUCUGCAGGACGAAGUUGGCGGCUUGCAGAUCCUCCAUGAGGAUCAGUGGGUCGACAUUACACCGACUCCUGGAGCGUUCAUCAUCAACAUAGCUGAUCUCUUGCAGCUAAUCUCCAACGACAAGUUCAGUAGUGUGGAGCACAGAGUGGUAGCCAAGAAUGCCAAACCUAGAGUUUCGAUCGCAUGCUUUUUCAGCACGCAUUUUCAUCCUGCUUCGACAAGAACGUAUGGUCCAAUCAAUGAGUUGCUGUCAGAGAAGAACCCUCCUUUGUAUAGGGAAACACUCGUCAGAGAUUAUAUUGCAGAUUACUACUCUGUUGGAUCGGAUGGCAGGGAGAAGACUGCUCUAUCUGGUUUCCGGUUGUGA